AAUCGACUUUUAGAUCCCUAGGUCUCUGGUAUUUAAUUUCUUUAAAAUUUCGGAAAAAUAUUGGAAUUUGUGCAUGUAAUGCACACAAAACCAUUAUAAAUGUGCAACAAAACGUUUGGAAACAAUUGCGCCAGUUUUUGAACCUCCGAUUGCAUAAUUUCGAGGAGUUUUCUGUGGCGAUAGUGAAAAGUUGAAAAGUGAUUUUCUACGAAGAAAGAAAUAUUCAUUUGACUUUUCUCGGCAAAGAGACGACGUACUGAAGUGAGCGUGUGUGCGUGUGUAUGUUUCGAAAUACUUUACUCGUGGUCGUGGCUUUUUCAUGAAAAAGGAAAAAAAUUGGUAAUUUCUUCUACGCAAAAACGCCAAUAAACACGAAAUUGUGUCGAAAAACUCCGUCAAAUUGGUUAGAAAGAAUUUGUCAUCUGGCUUGACAAAGAAAACAAAAACCUCAUUUCGACUGGCUUUGGACAUAAUAAAAGUGUAUUGAUUAAAGCAGCGAAGCGUCGACGCCAUAUCAAAGCAGUUCCCAGUUGUAGCAGCAGCAGCAGCGACCCUAGCAGAAAACAGCAACAACAAACGUCGUACUCAUUGUCAGCAGAGCAACAUUGACGCCGUCGUUGUCGUAAUAGAGACGACGACCGCCAGCAUACCUGUACUUUUUUUUUCUCUUCUCAAAUGUAUGCAUAGCAAAAAUUAUUACAAAAAAGCAACAAAAACAAACUGAGAUAAAAUUGGAAAGUGAUGCUUAGUGUUUAAAUGCUGAUUUUGAUUUGGCCCGUGUUUUGUUUGUAGUUUUCCUUCAACACUACUCUUCGCUCUUCACGCCCACACCCCUCCGUCGACAGCUUGGUUGUGAUAAAUCAUGAGUGGAAUUCCAAGUCCGUCACCAGUGCGAGGCAAUCAUGGCGACCGAGACAAAGAUUCCAUGUGGUAUUUCACGUCCGAAGAAUUGUCCAAUUCGCCCAGUAGGCGAAAUGGCAUUACUCCCGACAUAGAAUUGUCGUAUCGUCAGAUGACGGCAUAUCUUAUACAGGAAAUGGGCCAAAGGCUGCAAGUCUCACAACUUUGCAUCAACACUGCCAUUGUUUACAUGCAUCGAUUCUAUGCGUUUCAUUCAUUCACACACUUUCACCGUAACGGCAUAGCUGCCGCAAGUCUGUUCCUGGCUGCAAAAGUUGAGGAGCAACCACGAAAGUUGGAACAUGUCAUAAAAGCGGCCAACAAGUGCCUAAACCAGCCGAAUACCUCAACAACGGACUCCUAUUACAUCGAGCAGGCUCAGGAUUUGGUUUUCAACGAAAAUGUUUUACUCCAAACCUUGGGUUUCGAUGUUGCCAUUGACCAUCCCCACACACAUGUUGUGAAAACAUGUCAUCUUGUUAAGGCAUGCAAGGACUUGGCCCAAACCUCCUAUUUUUUGGCAUCGAACAGUUUACAUUUGACUUCUAUGUGCCUGCAAUAUAAACCCACAGUUGUCGCCUGCUUUUGCAUUUACUUAGCUUGCAAGUGGUCACGUUGGGAGAUUCCCCAGUCGACUGAGGGCAAACAUUGGUUCCAUUAUGUUGAUGAGACAGUGACGAUGGAUUUGUUGAAAAAGCUUACAGAUGAAUUUAUAGCCAUCUACGAGAAGAGUCCUGCUCGGCUCAAGGCUAAGCUUAAUUCUAUUAAAGCUUUGGCGCAAGGUGCCAGCAAUCGUCAAGGUCAAGUCAAGGAAAAGAAGGCAGACCAAGACUGGAAAAUGGCUGAUAUGAUGAAAAUGUACCAGCCAGCCGAUUCUGCUCCAGUUAGUGGCGGCGGUGGUAGUAGUUCGCAGUCUUCCUCUUCCCAGUACGGGGGUCAGGGGUCAUCUGCAAACGACCAACAGCAGCAAAGCAUACAGCCAAUGCUACCUCCACCAACGCAUCAGCCGCCACAGCAAAUGCGUAAAUCUGAUAUGCACUCAUCGUCAAAUCAGCACCGUUCUCAUCAUAGUUCAUCAUCGUCCUCGUCAUCGUCUUCACACCAUCCCCCCAAAAUCGGAUAUUCUUCAGGCGAUGUCCCUGACCACAAGCUUGGAGCGAACCACAAACAACAACAACAGCAGCCUCCCUAUGGUACGAAUCUUGUAAAUCGACAAAGAGAACACGCGUCAUCAUCCAACCACAGCCAGUCGAUGAUGGCACCUUCGUCGAAAUCCUCAAGUUCAAGUUCAUCCAGAGCAUCAUUGAGCAACAAUAUGGCUGGACAGCAAUUAUCUCGGCCUUCUUCGCAAGGCCACUCUAUGGAGGUGAACUAUCAUAAGUCGAGGGAUCGCAAUAUUCAAGUACCACCUGGUUCGCAUAGUUUGCCUCCACACGGAAUGUCUCACAAAAUGGCUCAGAAGCAGCAAGAUUCUGGUCGCUCUUUAGCAAAGGAGCAUUCUGGGCGCCUCGCGUCCGAACAGCAACAGCAAACUAAACAGAGUAGUAGCGUUGGCAAUAAACCAUUUUCUUCCUCGUCUUCGUCAUCUUCAGCACAAUAUGGUGGCAAUAAUCAACAAAUGCCUCCGAGUGGUGGACCCAAUCAAGCCACAAACAAGAUGGAUGCGUUGCAUGACAUGUCACGCAAUAUGUUGCACCCAUCUAGGGGCUACAAUCAGCAGCCACAGCCACCUACAAACGGUCCGCCAAAUAAUUUACUCAAUUUCCAUCAGCCACAGCAGGGAUCACGUCAUAGUAGCAGUAGUAGCAACAACAAUAACGUUAGUAAUAGUAGCAGUCUUAAGCAUGAACAAUCUAAGCAACAACAAAUUUCCGUCCAUAUGCAACAACCCACACAAACUUCAACACACAACCACAAACAAAUGAUGCCACCAGAAGCUGGCUAUCCUGGUUUGACAGCAGCCCAGCACGACUUGCAGCAGCAGCAGCAGCAACAACAACAGCAACAGCAAUCACAUGCAGCAUCCUUGUUGGGCAACAACUAUUGUAAAAUUGAACCUACACAGCAUUCCGAUGAUCAUUCUAUGUCACAUUUCACAGCCCAUAAUCAAAAUGCAGUUACUAAAACGGUUAGUUCGUUGUUCAGCCCUGAUUGGAAUGAAAAAAUCAUGGGGCAUCAUGAGCCGCAACAGCAACAACAACAACAACAGCAGCCACCGCAGUCUAAGCAGCAUCAAAUGCCAACAAAUCUAAACUACAAUAACAACGGCGGCAUGCCGCACAACCUUAACACUGCUGAAACCUAUACAGGCUUUAAACUAGCAGCCAUCAAAGAGAGUCCACCCAAAAUCAAGACCGAAAGGGAUACACCUUCCAAGAAAGACAAAAGUCGCUCCAGUUCGCAACAAGAUUCUUCCCUUAGCUCUGGACGCAAUUCUUCGACAUCGUCUUCGUCGGUUGCCAAUCAGCCAAUGCUUAAGACUUCGCUGUCAAAUAAACUUGAUGGCCAAAUGACUGGCCUCAAUGAACUUGCUGGUUCAAGUAAUGUUGUAGGUAGUGUUGGAAGCGGUGGCGGUAUGAAGAGGCCCAACGAUCAGCUGAUUAUAAAGCCAGAUGAUGAUAUUCUUUUGCGUGAUAGUAAAAUUCGAAAAUUAGACAGUGUAGGCGACACAGGUAAACACAAUCAAGUGGUCAAUGGCUUCGAAACCAACCCGGAUUUGGUUCGAAACCUUCUAAAGGAAAGUCUUUGUCCACCGAGUGCUUUGCUUAAAACUGAAAACUCUAUUAUAACACCAAGCUUGCAACCGCCGGCCGAACUAUUUGAACCAUCUGCCACUACCUCAACUCAAAAUCCUGCAAACAAUGCCUCCGCCAUUUCAGUAACUGCAGCAAAUGCUCUCUCUGGUAACUCCGAAGUGAGUGCAAUGGAAACAGAAGAGCAGAGCACAUCUGCAGGUGGAAGUAAGUCCGAGAAGAAGAAGAAGAAAGACAAACACAAGCAUAAAGAGAAGGAUAAAGACAAGUCCAAAGAUCGAGAAGAACGAAAGAAACACAAAAAGGAUAAAGAUCGCCAUAAGGAUAAGGAGCGAGAGCGUGAGCGUGAGUCUGAAAAUGCAGAACACGUCAAAAUCAAGAUUUCAAAGGAAAAACUUGAGUCGGCUGGCGAGCCCAUAGGUUUUAAAAUAAAGAUACCUAAAGAUCGUAUUAUGGGCGAUCUUAGUUCACAGUCGGCCCCAAGCCAUUCAUCAAUAGACACAGCAGCGACACAUGCACCUCCUGUUUUGAAAAUAAAAAUAUCGAAAGAUAAGCUGGAAAGCUAUAGCAGCGGGUCGGCAUCCGAUGCCCUGGGCAAUUUGACCACUCAACCAUUGUAUAGCCAUGGCAAUAGCCAAUCUUCGUCCUCAUAUGCUCCGUACGCAUCGACGCACUCCAGUUCGGCGACAACGCACUCCAGCAGCAAGAAGAAAGAUCGCGAAAAGGACCGUGAACGUGACAAAGAUAAGAAACGGCAGCAUGACUCGUCCUCAAAGUCGAAUGGUGGCGGCAGCAGUAGCUUAAGCAUGAGCACGGCAUUGGGGGCUGCAACAAAUGGCUCCAUUGCCGGUGGUUCGCAUAGCACAGCUGGUGGAACAACAACACAGAAGAGUCAAUACUCCAGCAAGUUUUGAAAGGAUCUUAAACUUUAGACUACUUUCGAAACACUAAAGCACCGAUGAACCAAAUAAAGCCAGAGACAAGUGCAUAAGCGACCGUUUAUAUAUCAAAUAUAUAUAUAUAUAAGCAACAGAAAAGUGUCGAUGAGACAAACACACAUACAUGCAUACAUUUAGUGAUAAACACUAAACAAAUACAAAAACAUAUUUUAAACAACAAGUAAAUAAAUUUAUACAUACAAUCCUAUUAAAUUGUUAAACACAGAAAAAAAAACAAAUGCUAUAAAAUACAUAUACACACUCUCACACACACACACAUGCAUAGAAUAUUAAGAAAAUGGUGAAAAUUCUAAAGAAAUCUGAAAACUACAAACAUGUUGAUGAAUGUACUCUACGUAUUUGUUGAAAAAGGAAAAGUUAAUGUUAUUCAAGAGAAAAUGUUUUUUAUCCACUACACACGAAUUAAUUAAUAGGACUACAACAAAAACAAAACAAAAAAAAACAUGCAUACAAACACAUAUUCAAAAACAAAACAAAAAUAAUGAUAAAUAAUACAUUUCUCCAAUGUCAUUGCGAUAACUAUUUACUUGGAACAUAGCAAACAUACACAGCAAGUCCAUUCUCGAAACAAAGUUGAAUUAUUAAACAAUAAAGUGAAAAUAAAGAAAUGUUAAUUUCAUAUAAUCUAUGCCAGUACUUGAAAUAUAUCAACCGCCUGCCGAAGCGUAUGCCUAUGGCAGGGCCCAUUCUAGAGUUGUAAAAAUCCAAAAACCUAAAGGGAAAACAAAAAUGUCCUUAGUAAUACAAAAAGAAUGCUUCAGCUCUUUAAAAUCUUAAAAAAAAAAAACAACAACAAACAUAUUUUCAAAAUAGAAAAGUAAAAACAACGUAGAAGGUCUUACCUUCAUCUAAAAAGAAAUAUUCAAGAGGAACAAACAUUGAAAUAAUGUUGAAAUGAAAAAUUUUAUAAACGCAAAAAUAGAAGUAUGUAAUGCAUUAAAUCCUCCUAUCCUAUAUACCUAAGUUAAAAUUAAUUUAAGCAAAUCUUUUGAAUUACAACAAAUUAUACUUGAAACCAUACCAAACGAAAACCCAUAAACAUUUUUAUAUACAUAUGUGGGUAGAAUAUGGAUUGUCGCCCCGCCUUUAGUUGCGUUGCCAACGGGUAAAUUUGUUAUGGCUACAUCUGUCUUUACUUACUUGCAAGAUAUAUUCAUUACAGGUAGUGAGUGGCAGUUGCCCAACAACAAAAUAUUGAGUGCACUGUCUGUCAAAAUCAGUGAUUAGUGCAACUCCGAUUUGUGUAUGUUACUAGUUCGCAUCAUUUUUCGUUGGCUGUGUGUGUUUCGUGGUUCUUAACUAUGAUAUACACACACACACAACCAAAAUUCAUUGACAGAUAGUGCACUUCGCGAGUAACAAUUGUACUCAGCAGUGUACGGUAGACUACCUGCCAAUAAUGUCAUGCUUAGUUGAUAGCUAAACGUUCAAAACCACUUAUAUUGAAUGAAACUCACAAAAAUGUCCAACGAUAUAUUCUCAUUUCGUGAUUUUAUCUUUGAAUAUAUUUGUCAUUUUACAACAUUUUUUAUGACAUCUUUACUAGGAUAUGUCAUAAAAUGCAUUGAAUAAAACCAUCCACUAUUUUAUUUACAGUUAAAAGCUUUAAGAAAACUAUGCUGGAAAAAAAUUCAGAGCCGUUUUAAUUAUUCAAUCAAGCCCAAAGCCCAUUCUUCCAAUACACAAAAA